AUGGCCCUUCGAGGCGUCUGGCACAAGGCGUGGCUUCUUCGAUGGUCCGCAGCUGACCUCGAGCAAUGCCGCGCAUUCGCAUCGACGGCAUGCAGGGGCGCGGAGGGCCAUCAGGCGGUGCAGCGGUGCAAGGCAGUGGUGCUGCCCCGUUUUGGCGGCCCCGAAGUUCUGCAGCUGAGGGACGGUGUGAACGUGCCCCCGGUCAAGGCGGGGCAAGUCUUGGUCAAGGUGCAUGCGGCGGCGAUCAACCCGCUCGACGUGCGGAUACGAGAAGGCUACGGAAGGUCCAUCUUUGAGCCCCUCUUACCCUUGGUCCUGGGCCGGGACUUAAGUGGCGAGGUCGCAGCGUUAGGAUCCGGCAUCGGAAGCUUCAAAGUUGGGGAUUCCGUAUUUGGAGCCCUGCAUCCGACGGCUGUCUUCGGGACAUACAGUCAGUACACGGUCGCAGACUGCUCGGAGCUGCAACCAAAACCGCAGAACCUCUCGCACCGGGAGGCGGCGACGAUACCGUUUGCGGCGCUCACGGCUUGGAGGGCUGUGCGGAGCAUUGGAAAGCUGAAAAAGGGGCAGCGGUUGAUGGUGCUUGGAGCGGGGGGCGCUGUGGGCCUGUCUGCAAUCCAGCUGGCGCGUGCUGCCGGGGCCGACGUGAGCUGCACGUGUGGCAACCGUAGCAUGGACAUCGUCAAGAAAGUGGGGGCGAGCCACGCGAUCCACUACGCAAAGAGCGCAAAGGAAGUGAAGCAAGCGGCGGAGGGCCAUUACGACGUCGUUUUGGACGCACUGGGAAAGCCGGAGACGGAACAACUGGGAAUCGAGCUUCUGCGCAAGGGCGGGCACUAUGUCACGCUGCACGGAGAGACUGCCCGGUUGACGGACGAGUUGGGGAUCGUGGCCGGGGGGGCGGCCUCGGUGGCGCAACUCGCGAGAAAGCGGCUGCAGUUCCAGUACUCGCACGGGGUUGAUUAUUCGUGGGCGGUGAUGCGGCCCGACGAGGAUGCGCUGCACGAGAUCGCACGGCUGGCAUCGGACGGGACGCUGCACAUCGACGUCGGGAAACACUUGCCGCUGAGCCACGUGGUGGAGGCGCAGGCGCUGCAGUACAGCAAGGACGUCCGCGGGAAAGUGGUGCUUGACGUGGAGUAGUUGGGCGUCCGAAUAUGCCAUGCGGACAUAUGUUAAAAUGAGCCACGUGUACAUAAGUCUGAUGAGUCAGGUGUACGUAAGCGAGACGAAAAUUGUCGAGGAAACAAAAUAAUGCACGCGCAGUCAGGAAAGGUGAGCAGAAUAGAGAUGUCUGUACGGACGUACAGAAAGGGCUGAAAAACUGGACAAAUAUGUUGCAAGAUCUACCGUAUGCACACAAAUCAAGGUGACUUAUAUCCGCUCAGGCUUUUUAAGGGCCAUGCAGUGAUAGAAAAGGAGCGCCAAUCU